AUGCUCGACCGUUGCCUUCUUCCAUUGGAGCUCGACACCGGCCCUGGGACAAGUAAAUCGACAACGCUGUGCUCCUUGUUGUUGCUGCUGCUCGUCAUUGCAACAUUCCUUGUGUGUGAAGUGCCUGGACAGAUGAAAGAGGAAUUCGUCGGAGUUGCCAAUCACAAAAAGAUUGGAAACAAUGUUACGCUUGUCAACUACACCAUAAUAGCCAACGAGGAAAACUUUAACUCUUUCUUGUACAUGCAGCGCUUCCCGAAUUCAUGUGAGGCUUAUAUCGACAAAAACUUUAUUGAGUUUAACAUCGACGGCAAGACAUGCACAAUGGACCUGCUUAGCAGGAACAAAAGCAACAACAACAGGAUCAAGUUUAAAGCUGGAGUGAGGAACAAAGGAGGUCAGUGCUUUGGAAGUGGAACCAAAGUCCAGGGGAGCUUUAACAACACUAUGCCCUUCGUUUACAGCAAAAACAACAAGGAUGUCGAAAGGCUCAGCAAAGGUCCACACUAUACUCACGAGAGAAUAUGUAAGAGAAAAGAGGCGUGUGGAUUGUGCAUGCCGUGGACGAUUCUCGAAGUCUCUUGGACCAGGACUGAUGAUGAUUACUAUGCGUUCACCCAUUUAGUUGGCGAAGUGACUCGCGGCAAGAAGGAUAAAACCAAGAGUGAAGGUUCUGAGGAUAAGACCAUCAAUAUAGAGAUAGAAAGUGGACACAGAUUCACGAUGAAUUUUGGUGGCAACAAUUUGACUCAUGAGCAAACCUUCGACUCAUCUGUAUUGCCCUUGAUUGUGGACAAAAUUAAAUGCGUUCCAAGGUCCGCUCCCUUCGUUGCCCCAGAAACUUGGACCAUCACAAAUGACAAUCUGCAAGGUGAACGUCUACUCGUCUUCAGCCUGCUUCCAGCCAGUGCAUCUGUUGUGUUCGAUGGUAACAGACUUGUGGGUACACCAGCCAGGCAAAAAUGUCAUCUCUUUGUCCAAUUUGAAAGACCAGACUAUGAGCUGCUGUUUGUCUCUACUCCACCAUCGACAACAACGACGACUACUACUACAACGGAACCAGAGGUUGAAACGUGUGCUCCUUGUGAGUGUCCAACUACAUCUUCAGAGACUGCAACAGAAACAACGACUCCAGCUCCUUCAGCUGAAACAAGAUCGUCAACUUCGCCUGUCUGGAUUUAUCUCUUCAUUUUUCUACUGGUUGGCUGGAUCGUCACAAACGCGGGGUGGAUUUACUUCAUUAGGAAGAAGGACGAAAAUAAGCUAAAGGAAGAGAAAAUGCCAAGAAGCAUUGUAAUAACUACAGGAGACUCGGAGUAUGGACCGGAAGUUAAUACGGCAAUUCAAGUGGAUGCUGAAAGCGCAGAGACGGCACGGGAAGAUGGAAAGUCGACAAGACCAAGAAGUGUUGUGAUAACUACAGGAAACUCGGAAUAUGGACCGAACGUUAAUACGGCAAUUCAAGUGGGUGCUGAAAGUGCAAAGACGGCUCGGGAAGGUGGAACGUCGGUUACAACUGCAGUGGAUGUUGAGCAGGCACAAGGUGCAAAGACGGCACGGGAAGACGAAAAGUCGACUACAGCUGAAGUAGAUGUUGGGCAGACACAGGAAGACGAUGGGGAAAUUGAGGAGGGAGGAGAUACUGAGACGGUGACUCCUGUGGAAACCGAGACGCCGGAGCUUGAAGAAUAA